AUGAAGUGUGCUCGCACGAGUGUUGUUGACAGUGCACUUAAGAGUGCGAGUCAUCUCGGUCCUCAUUGUUGCUUUCGUUUCUCCAUGGCUGCUCACAAUAUUGCUAUCGAUAUCGAAGCUACGGAACGACUCGACCAACAUGACUACGAUCUGGAGAUGGGGUCGUCGCGCGCAACACUCAUCCAAAAUUUUGAAGAGGAGUCAAGACCGUCGCUAUCCGCUUCAAUACAGAAAAGUCUACGACCAACAUUAAGGAAGACUCGCUACUACCUCAGCGUCUUGACUGCACCGUUUCGCUUUAUCCUUGCAAAGUUUAAGCUACUGUUCGUCAUUGCUUGCUACUCGGUGUUCGGUGCAUGGCUAUUUAUGACACUUGAGGUACCCACGGACCUCGCAGCAAAAGAAGAAGCAUAUCAUGCUCGUCUUAUAGCCAGAGAUGUCAUGAUCCUCAAUUUACGCGCUAUUCAUCAAAACAAUAAAGAAGACAGAGAAGAACGUUGGAAGGAUGCUAUUCUCUCUUUCGAAAAUGAUCUUGGAUUAGAGGAACCGGCCAGAGAUAGCGCAUGGACGUUUUGGAUGGCAUUCCUUUAUGCUGGAACCAUCUACACAACGAUAGGUUACGGUAACAUUGCGUGUGUCACUACCGCAGGCCAAGUUGCAACAAUGGUAUACUCCAUGAUUGGUAUUCCACUAAUGCUGCUUAUUCUGAAUGAUCUUGGAUCAUUCUUGCUUCUUUGGGUAACACGUAUCGCAUGUAAUUCCAGCGAUUUUCUCCUCUUCAUAGGUGUACGAAUAGGUUUUAUUGGGAUUGAGGAAGGAUCGAAUAAACGCUCACGAUACGUAUUCAUGAGCAAGAAACUUUCCAGAAUCGGAAUCAUAAGCGCUGCAUCCGAAUCUACGAUUGCAAUAAAUGAUGACGAGGAGCAAGAAGCCAUCGAGGAACCAGAACCCGAUCCUCCUGUGUUCUCUGCAGUUUUCGCAACGGUUGCGUGGAUUUUACUAGCUGCCGCAGUGUUUUGUAUUUGGGAGGAUUGGACUUACUUUACCAGUAUCUACUUUUUCUUUAUUUCGAGCAGCACCAUAGGUCUUGGCGACGUGACACCGGCUCAUCCUGAAUACAUGAUAGCAACAUUCGGAGUGGUGAUCGUCGGUCUUUCGUUGGUGUCGGUCUGUAUUGAUGUCGUACGGGAAAAACUAGAACUCAUGUACAUGGCAUUGUUGAAGAAAGUAUUGCAAGACUAUAUGGAAGCAGUUAAAAACGGAGAUCCAAAUGCUGCUGCAGGAAUGAUGAGCGGAUUUAAGGGAAAGGCGAAAUUUCUUCUCCCUCUAAUAAGCAAAGAACGAGGAGCGAAAGUCAUGACACGUUUCAAGCAAGAUUGCACUGCGAAGGGUAUCGAUCCACCUGCUGUACUGACACACCUGGAUCCCAGUACGGGGAUGCCAGCCUUUGCCACUGCAAGCAAAGAGAAUUUCAGUGAUUACAUUGAACAAGCUGCAGAACGAAAAGCAGACGAGGAAAAGAAGGAACUGCAGAGACUGACUCAACUUCUUGAACAAAACAUGGUUAAGUCAGGUAUGGAUGCCAGGAGUACGAAUUCACUCGAAGCUCAAAAAAUGCUGAAUUCAACAGAUUCAUACUGUCAAACAACAUCCGUGACGUUGGAUCCCGAGAUGAAUUCAUGUGAGACACAGACCACUACAGUAUCAUUAUUAGAGCAAGAGACAGAGAAGAUCUCAUUUGGCAUUCAAGUGAUUUCAACAACCUUGGAAGAGGAAACACAAACAAACCUUCAAACCACAACAGAUGGCAGCGCACAAACUAUAACUGAUGAAAAUACGGAGACAAACAAUAGGGAAAUCACCGCGGAGGGAAAAUGCGGUUUGUGUGGCGUCUCAAGGUUGAAACCAAUAGUUCAAUCGAGAGGAGUCCAGCCAGAAGUUACAAGCUUAAUUAUGGUUGAAAACAGUGAAGAGGAAGCGAUCAAUGAUCGUGAUAUCUCAGCUACAUCUGCAGAUUCACUGAAUACUACGAAUGGAAUUGGUGACUGUGUAAUUUCUGACAUACCACCGGACAAUACCACAACGCAGGACAUACACUUGAAGAGCGAGCUACGAUUUAUGAAAUGCACUGCUGCGCAAACUGAGCAGCUCCCCGCCUCCCUUGCUCCAGUCAGCACUGCAGAGGUAUCAACACAGUCGGCCGAGAUAAAGACGGAAGAGCGAAGGAGUCAAACGAAACUGUCCAGCAUAGAUUCGCACGAAAUAAUGUCCAUAAGAGAAUUACGAAGGCGGUCCAAGCGUCCACGGGAAACUAUUAUCUCCCCGCUAUCACUAUAUUCUGUGCGCUCUUCUAUUCUGUCUACAGGUUCUGAAGGAACGUCAGCCACUCGUGCUGAUAACCAGCAAAAUUCCCCGAUUCCACGUAAUUCCUCUAAUGAUGCCACACAGAAAUCCGAGUCGGUUACUGAAGAAGUGAACUUCACUUUAUCGCUCGUAAAUAGACCGGUGGAUGAGAAUGGAGAUGACGUGAGAGAAUCGUUCGACGAACUUGUAGAGCACAGUGAAGGAGAGGACGACGUAUUCCUCCCUGAUAAUGAAAUAGAAGAGCUAGAACAGUUUUUGGUAGAAGAGAGCACUCAAACCGAUGGUUCCCCGUGUAACGAGGACAAGAAUCAUCAAACCACGCCGCUGGAUGUUGGCUCUUCUAGCAGCGUUCGCUGUCAAACAUCUCCAGUGCAUCUUAAUGAUGCAGUUGUUUGGGAAGUAGAGGACGGAGAAUGUUCUCAAACAGAACACUGGAUUGUGAAGCCUGCAGCAUCUAACUCCGAAGCACAGACAGUUUCCAACACGAAGAACUGCAUGGUGCAGUGUGAUGAUGAGGAAAAUGAUAAAAACAAGAUGGCUACCUGUGAUCCAACCUCUUUCACAAACGUCGAAACACAGACCAGCGAGCUGGUUAUGAUAUCUGCAGAGGCUCAGGCCGAAACUGUGCGUCCAGCAAUGGAAAGCGGAGGAUGUCAGACUGAUACGUUCUUACCAGAGCACACAACAACGUAUGUUCAGUGCGACGAUAUGAAGCCGGAAUGCAAGUCUUGCAAAGUCCAGUCCGAUGUCAGCAUGUUUACCGUAACAAAUGAGGAGCGGAUUGAAUUAGAGGCCAAACAUCACAUUCGCUUUAAUAUUGAGAAUGGGACUUCAAUGGAACCGAAAAAGUGCUACUCUUCAGGAACUCAGAUUGAUGAAAUUGAAGUUGACUCCGUCUAUGUGCAGUGUACGCCAACAGUUAGCACUUCACAGACACAACACAAUAGCUCUUGCUUGACAGAUGAAUUUGUCCAAACUGAAAUGUGUAUGAAAAAUAAAAAGAAUCAGGAAUGUGAAGUCUCGGUGGAAACCAGGGAUGUGUUUGCACAAGGGUCACCGGAUUGUAAGGAAGAGAGUGUCCAAGCAGUUACGGAUAUCACUGAUACCAUCAUGGAUACCUCAGAACUUGGUGGCACAGACAACACUGUCGUACAGACGCCGGCUGCUCUUUGGAGUGACUUUGACAGAACGACAUUCAUGGAUUUUUAUCAAGAUGUUUCACAACAAACCUCUCCAAGAAUGAUGAAUGAUAAUGAAACUCAAUUCACGUUAGACUUCGUUUCACGAGAAACGCAAACAUUAGAUCUCAAAGAUGUGAGUGAUAAAUGUUGUGGAGCAAGCGUAGAUAAGGAGGACAACGGAGCGCAAGCUGCUGUCGAGUUACAUGAAGUUGCUAGUGGACAACCGGAUAGUGAAAGUUGGAUAAAGGUGUACUUAGCAGAAUUGGACGCAGAACGAUUGUCAAAAAUGAUGGAUGUCGGAAUACAAACUGGCGUACUUGUUCGAGUAGAGCACUUGUACGCACCCGAAGAACUGGAAACAGAUGAGCAGGAUUUAUUCGAGCUGUCACCAAGUAGUUUGAACAAUUUGGAAGAAACUGGAAGUGCUACUACCAGAAAAAGGUUGCUGAAGCGUCGAGCUAGUGAGUACUCAAGCGUGUCAAGACCUAGACUGCCGCCGAAGGAUCACCAACUACCUCCAGUACAGAGACUACAUAGCACUUUUGCUAAGAUUCCUUCGAAAUCGAAAAAUGCUCCUGCACAUAUGAGUAUUAGGGUCUCUGAUCUGCGCAGUCGAUUUGAGCAGAAGAAUGCGAACGCCCAACCUCGCACUCGAUCCUCGUCACAUGAAAGCGAUAGACGUUCGAUGGUUUAA